ACAAAGUGCAAAGUGUGCAAAAGCAAAAGUACUUACGAACUUUCAUUUUAAUGUCUCUAACUCUAAUUUAAUUUUAAUGCUACUUUAGAAAGUUCCUAUCAUUUAUCUAUUUAGUUAUUAUCUUUUGUGAUUAAAAGCAAAAUGUGCACUAACAAGAUUGACAAAGGGAUCAAAGAAAAAAGACCCAACAAAACAAGUAAAAUACUUAAAGGCAUGGCUUUCAACAUGUUGAAGCAUGCAUUCCUCUUCUUCCGUUACUACUUGGACCUAGUCAUUGACUUGGUAUUCGCAUUCAUUUGGGAUGGAGAACGCCAGGCUGUACCUGACUUGGAAGCGAGGCACGCGAUGCUGGCGGAGAGUGCGGUGGAGUUGGCUAAGAGGAUCAGGAAUAAGACGUUGAAGUCUGAGGAGUUGGUGCGGGCUUGUGUGGAGAGGAUACAAGCUGUAAGUCUGGACAUUUUAACACGUUCACGGACACGUAUGCUAUAG